AAAAUAAAAAGAAAAAGAAAGAAGAAGUCUCUCCCUAGGGAAAACCCAGAAAGAACCUUUGACCUGGCAGUGAACGUGAAAUGUCCCUCCUCUGAAGGCGAAGAUCCCGUGGUUUUGUGGAAAUUCCCAGCGGACUUUGGAGACCAGGAGGUGCUCAGGAGCGUGCCCCGGUUCUGCUUCCCCUUCGACGUGGAAAGGGCGUCUCAGAACCAGGUGGGCCAGCACUUCGCCUUCGUGCUGACGGACAUCGAGAGCAAGCAGCGGUUCGGGUUCUGCAGGCUCACCUCGGGCGGCAGGACCUGCUUGUGCAUCCUCAGCUACCUGCCAUGGUUUGAAGUCUAUUAUAAGCUUCUCAACACGCUGGCCGACUACUUGGCGAAGGAACAGGAAAAGGAUUUGAACGCCACCCUCACAGCGCUGUACAACCACCCAGUCCCCAAGGCGAACAGCCCGGUCAACCUGAGUGUGAACCAAGAGCUCUCUAUUGCCAGUGAGCAAGUUCUGAGAGACCAGCCCGCCCGCGCACCGCACUCCUGCUUCAUCGCCCCCGACCUGUCCGGGCUGCCCACCAUCCCCGAGAGCCGGAACCUCACGGAGUACUUCGUGGCCGUGGACGUGGGCAACAUGCUGCAGCUGUACGCCAGCAUGCUGCUGGAGCGCCGCAUCCUCAUCGCCUCCAGCAAGCUCAGCACCCUGACUGCCUGUCUGCACGGCUCGGCUGCUCUGCUGUACCCCAUGUUCUGGCAGCACAUUUACAUCCCCGUGCUGCCGCCCCACCUGCUGGACUACUGCUGUGCUCCGAUGCCCUACCUGAUUGGUGUACACUCCAGCCUGCUAGAGAGAGUGAGGAGCAAGUCCCUGGAGGACGUGGUGAUUCUCAACGUGGACACCAACACCUGGGAGUCGCCGUUCCGCGACCUGGACAGCCUUCCCAGCGACGUGGUCUCAGCCCUGAAGAGCAAGCUGAAGAAGCAGUCCACGGCCACGGGCGACGGCGUGGCCAGGGCCUUCCUGCGGGCGCAGGCCGCCCUGUUCGGCUGCUACCGGGACGCGCUGCGAUACAAGCCGGGGGAGCCCGUGACCUUCUGCGAGGAGAGCUUCGUGAAGCACCGCUCCAGCCCCAUGAAGCAGUUCCUGCAGACGGCUGUGAACCUGCAGCUGUUCAAGCAGUUCAUCGACGGGCGGCUGGCGAAGCUAAACGCGGGAAAGGGGUUCUCGGACGCCUUUGAGGAGGAGAUCACGUCCGGGGGGUUUUCGGGAGGGAGCCCGAGGUCCUAUCAGCAGUGGGUCCACACGGUCAAGAAAGGGGGCGCCCUGUUCAACUCGGCCGUGACCAAAGCCACCCCCGCGAUGCGGACGGUGUACAAAUACGCCAAGAGCCACACCAAGCAGGGCAUCAGGGAGGUGAAAAGCAAGCUCAGACACAAGGAGAACGAGGAUGAGGACGGGACCUCCUCCCGGUUCGUGCAGUACACCCCGGUCUACACCUCGCACAACCACCGGGCCGGAAGCCCGGAGAAGCGCAGGCUCACCCAGGCGCGCGUCCACAGGCCCCUCAAGAGCCACGGCAAUGACAGCGGGCCGGGCGGGGACCAGGAUGAGGACGCGGACCGCACCAGCAAGUUGUCCUCGGAGGACGGGGAGGAGGCCGCACCCGACUCCUACGAGAGCGACGACUCUGCGGAGCCGCGGGGCAAGGCGCUGUACGCGGGGGAGAUGGACCUGCUGGGCGAGAUCCUGGACACACUGAGCACCCACAGCUCGGACCCGGGCACGCUGGCGGCCGCCAAGAGCCUGGACUUCUUCCGCUCCAUGGACGACAUCGACUACACGGCCGGGAACAAGCCCAGCGCGCCCAGCGAGGACAACCUGGCGGCGCUCUGCGGUGGCUCCGGGGACCAGGGCGCCUGGCUCCGCGGCCAGGACGACAGUGCCCUCCACGGCCGGCACCUGCCGCCGUCCCCCCGGAAGCGGGCGAGCUCCAGCUGCGCCCCCGGCCCCCCGCUCUGCAGCCUGAAGGAGGAGAACGGCGCCCGGUCCCCGGACGGGGACCCCCGGAGCGGCCCCCCCGGGGCGGCCCCGCCUCCGCCGGCCGCCCCCUCGGAGCUGGCUGUCCCACGGGCUCCUCCUCCUCCCGGCCUGGCCGUCCGGACGGAAGACGGGGACUCGGACCGGGAGGAAACACUAGCCCAGGCCCCGGACACCGACCUGCUGGUGCCCAGCCUCCUGGGGCGCCGGCCGUCCUCCUCGGUCCCAUGGGAGAGGGACGGGACGGGCGCCCGGGAGGCUCCGUGUCCUGACCCGGCGCCCGCCUCCCAGCCGGACGGGAACGUGGCCACCGGGGGAAGCAUGCAUGGGAGCCAGGCCUCCUCCUCCACCUCCUCUUCCUCCUCCUCCGUCGAGAACUGAGGGCCGGCCUCGGGCGUCCACUUGUCUCCGGGGACCCUGGAGGGUCCCCCACGGAACCCCAUGCGGUAAACGGUCACUUGUAGGCACGGCAACGCUCACGGUCGUGUAGACAUUCUCGUUUCCGUGGGAGACAUCGCCCGGAGGAGGAGGGCCGGGUGGGUCUGUGUGACCCGGCGGUCUUUCGGGGCAAAAGCUCCUUCCUCUACUGUGCUCUUCAAUCAGGUACUAGUAGCGUGUGCGUGUGCGUGCAUGCGUGUGCGUGUGCGUGUGUGUGCGUGUGUGUGUGUACGUGCGUGUGGACAGUCUAUAUAUCGGACACGCGACGUCCCAGGAUUGGUGCUUACCGCCCGCGUUUUGUUUAAACCGAGGAUGUGGGUGCCGAGGAGCCUUGCGCGGGACCCCGUCGCGGCUCCACACGCGUGUCCGACGGUGGAGCAGGAGCCGACCCGGCGGGCAACGCUCUUCUCCGAGCUCCCCCGCCCCAGCGGCUGGGACGCCGGGACCCACCGCCGCCUUAACCUCCCACCGCCCGCGAGCAAGCAUGAGCCUUCCCGGCUGUCCUGGCUCCGUCCGUCCUCGGCUCCUCGGGAGGUCCCGUCUCCUCACAUCCCCUCCCCGGCUUGGCUGUGAGAGCUGCUCGGCCCCAUCCCGGGUGGCGUUUCCCUCAAGGCCUUCCCAGCUGGAUCCGUGCCUUACUGACCCUGCGGAGUCCACGGCCCAAACUAAAGUGAAACCCAGCGCCGUCCCUGUUGUCCUGGGAAGUCACCCCAAGACUGGGAGCGGGCGCCCCCGUGCCACCCCAUUGAAACGGGGGUUGGAGAGACGUCAACGCGAGGCCCGCGCGUGCAGAAGUGUCCUCGUCUGCCCGGCUGCUCUGCUCCGUCCCAGCGACGCCAGCCGCCUGCAAACUCCCCCGGCGCUGGGUUCCACGUGGGUGAAGACCUCACGCCUGUUUGCCCGACAGAGAGACUUGUGUCCGCCAGGUUCUCCCCAGAACUCCCUCCGGCCCCCCCUUACCUCCCAGCCUGCAUCCUUCACCCUGAGCCGGGGUACCGGGCACGGGCGGGGGACAGGAGAGCAGGGUGUGGCUUGGCGCGAGGGUGUAUGAAGUAGCAUGACGACGCGUGUGAGUGGCGGGAUGGGGGCCGCCUUUCGCGUGUUCUAGGAAAGCACCCCGAUCAGGGCACGGACACCGUUCUGACGGAACACGGAUGACCCGUUUGCCUAGGGGGUGGCCAUGGACGCCUCGGCCUGGACGUAGGCAGGGAGCGGCGUCGGAGGAGGAUGGAGGGAAAGGAAGCGAUGGGCGUGGUCCCUGCGGGGAAGGAACCGGUUGGAAGGAAUGGCGAAGAUCAAUAAUAGUAAUAAUAAUAAUAAUAGUAACAAUUAAUAAUAAUAAUACCUUCUGCUUAGACGCUGUGAACCCAAGAUCCUAAUACCAAACAAAGAAAGCCUUUUCAAGCUGCUCUACCUGACCCUUGCUCUGUCUCAGAACCGCAGUGCCAUGCUAAGGUCAUGGAUUCUCUCUGUAAUGAUAUAUGAAGGAUCUAGAAUAAUGCUGCUACCUGAGGUACCUACUUUUUAUUUUUAUGAAAGUCUAGUUUUUAUCGAUUUUAGAGAAGAAGAGAGAGAGAGAGAGAGAGAGAGAGAGAGAGAGAGAGAGACAUCCAUGAGGAGAGAGAAUCACAGAUCGGCUGCCUCC